AUGGAGUCAAGCGUGCCGGCCCACAUCAUAGAGGCCUCAACUUUGGGUUUUUCUAAGGAUGAAGAGAUUGCCAACGGUGAUUCGAGGAGCUCAGAAGGGGAUAUAUCUCAGGCUGUAAACGAUACGGCAAAUGGAUCUUUACCACAACAAGAUCAGCCCGUCAUGGAAGAAAGCAAGGCAGCGGGGCGCGAAAAUUUAUUAUCAACGUACAACCUGUUAAUAAUCACUUUUCAAGCUAUUUUGAAGACUAAGGAUAUCAAGAAAUAUGGUAGCACGCAGAAGGCAUUGGAACGCAGUGUGCAAGCCCUGAAGGAGAUACUACAAUCGACCAACAACGAGCCCCGGUUUUUGGAUUCGAUCAUGGUGUUUGAGGCAUUGCGCUCUAGUUGCCGAACAAAGUCAAGCCCAGUAGUUAUACAGGCUCUUGACUGUCUUUCAAAGCUAUUUUCUUUUCAGGUGUUAGACCACAACAUUUUAGUCAACCCACCUGAUUCCAUGGCAUCUAAUGAUCAACAGAGCUCUACUGCAGCAGGAAUAACCCCUCCUCCGAAGCUAAGACUGGUCGAUGCUUCCAUUGACACUAUUACAGACUGCUUCGAGGGUGAGGGUACAGACGGUCGAAUCGAACUCCAAGUUUUACGCGCGCUAGCUGGAUGUGUCCUUGCUGAUGGGACCGGGACUUUUUGCCAUGGGGGCGCCCUUUUGAAGGCCAUAAGACAGAUCUACAACAUCUUUAUUUAUUCGUUGAACUCUUCGAAUCAAGGCAUUGCCCAGGCAACUUUGACGCAGAUAGUCCAUGCGGUGUUUGACAAGGUCAGUGCGUUAUCCCAAGUUUACCAUAGAUCGCAGUCUAGGCUCAGCAUGAGAAGCGUUCAACCAGAUUCCGAUACGCUGAUCUCUAAUCCGGAAAAUCCAUUGACUCUCAAAAAUCUAGACAAUCUAAACGAUGAGCAAGAGCGGAGAGUGGAUGAAGAUCAACAGGAGGAAGAGGCGGCGGAUGAGAAAAGUCUCCUUGUGAAAGACGCGUUCCUUGUUUUUCGUGCGAUGGCGAAGAUAUCUGCAAAGCCACUCGAUGCUGAAACCGAUAUGAGAUCGCACUCCGUGAGAUCUAAGCUGCUUUCUCUACACUUGAUACACUCUAUCAUAAAUGACCACAUUGACAUUUUUCUUUCUCGUGACAUUGUCUUAAGCGGAAGGGACAAGUCUCCGUUUGUUGAGUCUAUCAGGCAGUAUCUUUGCCUUUCGUUAUCUCGCAACGCUGCAUCCCCUAUAGCGCCCGUCUUUGAAGUCACUUUAGAAAUUAUGUGGCUUUUAAUCUCUAAUUUAAGGUCAGAGUUCAAAAGAGAGAUACCAGUCUUCCUGACGGAAAUUUAUUUCCCAAUUUCAGAUCUCAAAACAUCCACUCCUCAUCAGAAAAGAUAUUUCCUGAAUGUAAUUCAAAGAAUUUGCAAUGAUCCUCGAACGCUGAUAGAGUUCUAUCUGAAUUAUGAUUGUGAUAGUCGUUUGCCAAAUGUCGUCGAAAUGAUAAUUGAUUAUCUGACGCGGAUGGCCCUCACCAGAGUAGAUGCUACACCUUCACAGAGAGCUUAUUUCGAUGAACAGCGCGAUUUACCACUGGCAACAUAUAAUUUGUCACAACUACCUCUAUUGUCCAUCUCAAACCUGCAUUAUUCAGCGGUAGAUAAAAACGAUCUUCCGUACCCCGUGGAGUUUGCCCUCAAAAUGGUAUCUUUAAAUUGCAUGGUUGCUGUUUUAAGAUCUCUAGGCUCAUGGGCCCAUAAGGCAUUGAAUCCAACCAGCUCUACUCUCGAGAGGUCGACUUUUCUAUCCGCGGCAGUCCUCGAAAAAGGGGGAAAGUCGUCUUCUACACGUAACUCUGUUGGGGAUUUGAAUUCAGAGAGCAGCUUUAAGGUAAGUGCGAAUGGCGAGUUCUCCACCUCAGAUCAUCUUACUGGUGAAACAGAUGAUCCUGCUCAAUUUGAAAGUUUAAAAAUUAGGAAAACCGAGCUUCAAGAUUGUAUCAAUUUGUUCAACAUAAAAGCAAAAAAAGGACUUCAGGCGCUGCUCUCAAAAGGCUUUUUGUCUGAUGAUUCGCCACAGUCUGUUGCCAAAUGGAUUUUAGAUACGGAGGGUCUCGACCUUGGGGCGGUAGGCGACUUCUUGGGUGAAGGUGAUGAGAAAAGUAUCUCCACCAUGCAUGCAUUCGUUGACAGUUUCAAUUUUGAGGGUCUCUCUCUGGUCGAUGCCCUACGCGUCUUUCUUCAGCGUUUUAGACUUCCUGGAGAGGGCCAAAAGAUCGAUAGAUUCAUGCUCAAAUUUGCUGAGAGGUUUGUUGACCAAAAUGUUGGCAUCUUCGCUAAGGCUGACACUGCAUAUGUUUUAUCUUAUUCCAUCAUAAUGCUCAACACAGACUUACACUCAUCCCAUAUCAAGCACAAAAUGACACUCCAAGAGUUCAUAGAGAAUAACGCUGGAAUUGACAACGAUAAGGAUCUUUCCGAGGACUAUAUGGUGAACCUGUAUAAUGAUAUUGCCAACAAUGAGAUCAAGCUCCAGUCUGAGCAACAUCAAGCCAUGUUAUCAGGAGACCUGAACGAUCCUCAACAACAACAGCAGUCCGCUUUCAAUUUUUUCAGUAGCAGGGAUCUGAAUCGUGAAGCAUACAUGCAAGUUUCGAAAGAAAUAUCCUCAAAAACCGAACAGGUGUUCAAAAACCUCACGAGAACACGAAGUAAAGCGGACAAUGUGUUCUAUGCGGCGUCCCAUAUUGAGCAUGUGAAGUCCAUCUUUGAAACCCUUUGGAUGUCGUUUUUGGCUGCUUUAACUCCGCCUUUUAAAGACUAUGAUGAUAGAGAAACCACCAAUAUAUGCCUCGAAGGAAUCAAAAUAUCCGUGAAAAUUUCGUCCACGUUUGGCAUUGAUUACGCGCGCACUUCAUUUGUUGGUGCUUUAGUGCAAUUUGCAAACUUACAAAAUAUUCAGGAACUGAAAAUAAAAAAUGUUGACGCAAUUAUUGUAUUACUGGAACUUGCUUUGACUGAAGGCAACUUUUUAAAAAACUCUUGGAAAGAUGUCCUGGUUGUUGUUUCACAAGUGGAAAGACUUCAACUCAUUUCGAAAGGUGUUGAUGGCCAGACAUUGCCUGAUGUUUCGCAGGCAAGGCUCGCCAAUCAUCGCAGUUCUUUCGAGUCAACUAGGUCAGCUCGCUCCGGAUCGCUCAGUUUUUUGGACAAAUGGACGAAAAGAGCAACGCCAAUCGAGCUGGCACAGGAAAAACAUCAUAAUCAAAUUCUGUCUCCGGAAAUCUCAACCUUUAUUUCCUCCAGUCAAUUAGUGGUACUUAUUGAUAGAGUAUUCACAAGCAGCGCUCUCUUAUCAGGUAACGCGAUUGUGGAUUUUAUCAGAGCAUUAACUGACGUCUCAUUCGAGGAAAUUGAGUCUUCUCAAAACACCACGAGCCCAAGGAUGUUCUCGCUUCAGAAAAUGGUUGACGUAUGCUACUACAACAUGGAUCGUAUAAGAGUCGAAUGGACACCAAUCUGGGCUGUGAUGGGCCAAGCAUUUAACAAAAUUGCCACCAAUCCUAAUUUAGCAGUGGUGUUUUUCGCAAUUGACUCCCUGCGUCAGCUCUCUAUGCGAUUUCUAGACAUAGAAGAACUAUCUGGCUUUGAAUUUCAACACGAUUUUCUCAUGCCUUUCCAAUUUGUCAUUGCCAACACAUCGAACACCGAAGUACAGGAAAUGUGUAUUGAAUGUUUCAGAAUCUUUGUUCUCACUAAAGCAGGGAAAAUCAAGUCGGGCUGGAAACCUAUUUUGAAAUCUCUUCAAUACUGCUCGAGCUCUUCAUCUGAGACAAUCUGCGUGAAAAGCUAUCAGUUAGCUGCAAACGAAAUUGUGAAAAGUCAAUUUGCAAGCGUUUUUAUUCAAGACUCGGCUUUUCUUGAACUUGUUGCGGUUUUCAAGACCAUCACCAAGAAUCGCAAAUUUCAGAAACUAUCUUUACAUGCCUUGGAAGUGUUGAAAAGGAUUACAAAUGAAGUCGCAACGUUGUGCUUCGCCUCUUCGGAUAAAUCAAUGCUUCACGGAAAGAGUUUGUUCGAUGACAUAUGGUUCCCACUACUUUCAAGCUUCAACGACUCUAUCAUGACUGCAGAGGACUUAGAGGUGCGAUCGCGGGCUUUGAACUACAUGUUUGAUGCUUUAGUGGAAUAUGGUGGCCAUUUUAACGACGCAUUCUGGACAAGAAUAUGCACGUCCCUUUUAUUUCCUAUAUUCGGAGUUUUGUCGAAACAUUGGGAAGUCAAUCAAUUUAACAGUCAUGACGAUCUCUCCGUAUGGUUGUCUACCACUCUUAUUCAGGCCUUGCGAAAUAUGGUAGCUCUGUUCACUCAUUACUUUGAGAGCCUGAACAAAAUGUUAGACGGGUUUUUGGGCCUGCUGGUUUCCUGCAUAUGCCAAGAAAAUGACACCAUAGCGCGUAUUGGCCGUUCCUGCUUACAGCACCUUAUUAUUCAAAACAUGUCUAAGUUCGAGAAGAAUCACUGGGAUGAAGUCACCGAGGCUUUUGCAAAGUUAUUUGAGCUCACUACGGCCACUGAACUGUUCGAGCAUGACCCCAUGCAUCAAGGUCGUAGGUCGUCUAACGUGGAGCAGAAGGACGAAAAGGCUCCCACCGUUGAAGAGGAAGUCGAAAGAGCACAUAAAGAAGACAGUGGCGAAGACGUCGGUAGUGGUUCUGCCGUUGGAGAGAGGCCCAGCAAAAGGUUGGUCAACACCAAAAGCAGCGAGGAUCUGCGAAAGCGCAUUUCGGUAAAGAACGCAAUCGUUGUCAAAUGCGUCCUGCAAUUGCUGAUGAUUGAGUCCCUAAGUGAGCUUUUCGAAAGCGAGGACUUUUGCAAUGCAGUACCUCACGCAAAUGCAGUGCUACUGAUCAACUUGCUUGAAAAGUCGUUUGAGUUUGCUAAGGACUUCAAUGAGGACUUUGGUCUGAGAUCCCGUUUAGUGGAUGCCCGCGUCGUAGACAAAAUCCCUAACCUACUGAAGCAAGAAACAAGCGCCAGUGCGGUCCUCAUCAACGUUAUGUUCAAACUAUAUCUAAAUGCUGGGAAGGACCACGUGGACGAUGCGGAAGCUCUCUUAGUACGCUUGAAAGCUAUAUGUGUUCGUAUUGUCGAGCGCUACGUGGCUCUCGACGACAGAACCAUGGAAAGGAACAUAACCUCGUGGCGUCCGGUUGUGGUUGAGAUUUUACAGGGCUACUACGAAUUCGAUGAUAAUGACUUCAAAGGGCAAUGCCCGGUCAUGUACGAACUCGUGAUGCGUAUUUUGGACAAACCAAUGACAGUCGAGUUACGCAUGGGUAUUAAGGCUUUCCUCUCCCGUGUCGGCGACCUUUACUUGUGA